AUGGCAAGAAGCAUGAAGUUAGCAUGUGUUGUUGUGGUGAUGUGCAUGGUUGUUAUCGCGCCCAUGGCAGAAGGUGCAAUCUCAUGUGGAGCUGUUACUGGUGAUCUUGCUCCCUGCCUUACUUAUCUUACAGGUGGUCCUGGUCCUUCACCACAAUGCUGUGGAGGAGUCAAGAAGCUUCUUGCUGCCGCCACCACCGUGCCGGAUAAACAGGCUGCCUGUAACUGCUUGAAAUCAGCAGCCGCUUCUAUUUCAAAACUGAAUACUAACAAUGCUGCUGCUCUCCCCGGCAAAUGUGGUGUUAGCAUUCCUUACAAGAUCAGUACCUCCACCAACUGUAAUUCCAUUAAGUUUUGA